AUGAGUUUAAGAACAGUAGAUGCGAUUAUUCCUCGAGUUCCAGUGUUGCCGUAUCCUAUAAAUGUGAAUUACUGUGAAGUGAUCAAUGGGUUUGGACGAGGAUCCAGCGAUCUGGGGAUCCCUACAGCGAACGUUGAUAUCCAUAGUCUUCCUAAAGUGAUUGACGAGAAGCUUUCGCUGGGAGUGUAUUUUGGGUUUUGCAAGUUGAAGAAGAAGAAGAACACGUACGUCGGAGGGAUCCAGAUGGUUGAGAGAGUUGAUGGCCGGGAGGUUGAGUACAAUUAUGGGAGUCAGUUGGAAGAGGAAGCUGGUGAUCUUGAGGUGUUGCCGGUAGUGUUAUCGAUUGGGGUGAAUCCGUUUUACAAUAAAGGGGUGGGAGCAGGAGCAGGAGCAGGAGCAGGAGCAGGAGAAGGAGAAGGGGAGGAUAGGUUGAAGAAGACAGUUGAGUUGCAUAUUUGCAUG